AUGAUUUCACGAAUUAUUCAUCCUUCUAGAUUACCAAGAGUUAGAUUUACUUCACAAUUGAUUUUAAAAUCAUCAUUAAUACCUACAAUUACUAAUCAUCUACUUUCAUUUGGAGUUUCUAAUACCAAAACCAAUACCAAUACCAAAACCAAAACCUUCAUUAGAUACAAUACCACUUCAACAUCAACAUCAACAUCAGCAUUAGCAUCAAAUCCUAUAGAUAAAGAAUUAUUACUUCAAUUUACUUGUAAUAUUUGUAAUAAUCGAUCAAGUCAUAAUAUUUCUAAACAAGCUUAUGAUCAUGGUACAGUGGUUGUACAAUGUCCUUCAUGUAAAUCACGUCAUUUGAUUGCUGAUAAUUUAGGAUUUAUGGAAUAUAAUAAAAAAUUCAAUCUAGAAGAAUAUUUAAAACAUCAUUAUGGUCAAUCAAUAGAAACUGAUCCUAAAAAUACUGUAGUAGAAUUUAAAGAUAUUCCUAAAGAAUUAAAACAAAAAUUGAAAGAUGUUGAUAAUACUGUUGAGGACUUACAAUCAACUGAAGAAUUGGAUUUACCAGAACCAAAAUCGACAAAAUGA